UAUGCCGCCGGACCGCCUCCAUGACGCCAGUCUUUUCUUGGGCCUGUUUUGAGCGUUGCUCCUCCUUCAACCUGAGGAGAUUUCCCUCCACGUCAGAAUGGGGCUGAACGUCAAAAGGGGGGGCGAGCAGAGUCGCAUUCAAUGUCAGAGCCCGUGUAGACACCCACUUAAGUACUGUAGUAGCCCCCAUUGCAUUCAAUAGGGCUGACUUGGAACAGUGGAAUAUAGGUGUCAUUUCAUCAUAUUUUACUAUGUUAUAGUCUGUGCUCAUUCAGAAGACCUUCAAGCUACUCUAAACACCUUUGCAGAAGCUCGACCUCUCACUGAACAUCAAGAAAACCAAAGUGCUUUUCCUACAGCUCUUCAGCAAUGUAAUGAGAGUCCUCCUGCAUUUCUAGGACAGCCGGUAUACUAUUCUUGUGGUGCACAGUUCAAAUCAAUAGAGAGAGGCCUUAUUUUAUCGCCUGGUUUCCCCAACAAUUAUUCAUCGGGUAUCCAUUGUAUUUGGCAGUUCUUCAUUCCUGCUGGGACAUACCUAAUGUUGGAAAUUUUUGACUUUGAUGUAUUUGAAAACCUAAGCGAGGACCCAAAUGCCUGGGAUGAUUUUCUAACUCUUCCCCAAAGUACCAAGGAAGAGUUUCCCCACAACGGGGCAAAUACAGACUCCUCCAGUAUCUUUCCAACUAAGAGCCCCACUCUCCAAAACUUUCACUCAACAGAUUUUUAUCAUCUUCAUGGUGGACGUCCAAAGACUGCUUCUGAAAAACAUGAGUCUACCAAACAAUUCCAACAAAUAAAAGAACCAAGAGAGUUGGUCAUUACACAGCCUAGCCAACCACCAUUCAUGGAAGCAACCAAUGUCACCUUACUCAGACGAAUGAACAGUGGUAUACGGGAGGAAACUAAAGACCCAAAGGACAAAAUGUUGGUUGCUCACCUUACAGCUAGUGGGAGAAAAGAAGAUUCUCAAGGCGCUCAACAACAUGCAGAAGAUACGCCUUUUGAACAGGAUGAGGGCAUUUCAACGAUGGCUUUGUCCACAGAGACGUCCUCCAUCCCAGUGGCCUCAAUGGAAAUUUGCCCUCAUGAUGUCUUGUAUGUCUCUGACCUCUUUGCCUUUUCGUCUCGCUUCUGCGGCACAAACUCCCCCCGGAACAAGAACAUGACUUUUGGGUCCUCUCUAAAAAUGGUGGAAGUAAUUGUGGAGCUCAUUACUACCACGGACCGCGGGCGAGGCUUUGCAAUGCUCUUUGAAUACAAGAACGACACAGAGCUGGUGGCCGUGAGUGACUCCAACGAGGGGAAAGAAAACGUUAUGAUGCUGGUCAUCAUAACAGGGAUCCUCUUCUUUGCACUUGUUCUUUUGUCCUCACUCUGUAUAGCUUGCAGGCAGAAAUUAUGUCCCAAAAGGAGCUCUUUGGACGUUCACUGUGAGCGGGAGAACGGGAUCCAGAAUGCUGCGGCUGAUAUCAACGAACUCAGGCUAGUGAUGCCAAACCAAGAGAAUGAAAACAACAAUCACUCUAUGGGUGGAAAUGGAACAGGACAAAAUCCGAAGGAGAAGUUUCACAAGUCCAGGCUCAGUUUCUAACUGGAUGGUAGCAGAUGAAAGAGAGCCUAGUCUCAUUGCUGCAGAGAGGACAGCAGUAGCAACGGAGACCCAUUGCCCCGGACAACACACAUGGAGCAUACGGGCUUUUCAUGACCUACUGGUUCCCUUCUCUCAGCUGCAGAAGAAAUGGUGCAGCUGGACUACUAACAGUCCUUUCACCAAAUUGGUGAACAAUGGUGUAAGUAUGUUCAAAGUGCCUUAGGAGAUACAAAUGAUCUAGACGUUUCCUUGUUAGUAUUGUCAUGUCGACAUAUUCAUAAGAAUUAAGGUAUGUUACUGCGGCUGAGAAGGAAAAGGAAAGGGUCUGAGGUUGUUAGGAAUUGUGGAAGUUGAAGUCCAAAACACCUGGAAGGCUCAAGUUUGCUCUUACAAGCUUGGGGCAGAGCUCUCUUCUUUGCAUGCCACAUCUUAAAGAGUAACCGCUGCGAAGAGCUCUGGCAUCUUAGUAGCCUUCAUGCUUUAUUAAUAUGAACGCACACUCCAGAGACACAUAUAUUGUCCUUGCACAUUGCUGAAAGAAGUGAUAAGGAACUUCUAAGUAAUAAGAAAUUUACAUUUCAUCAAACUGUUGGUAAGAGUAAUUCACAGAAGAUACAACAAAAUGGCUUGUCACAAUAUAGGCUGUUUUUCAUUUCGGUAACACAAAAUUCUCAGUGUUGUCCAGCACUUUAUGACAAUCAUUUUAGCCACAUCUAAAAAAGUGUGGAGACACGUUUAAUAAAAAUUAGGGACGGGCGCAUGGAAAAUUCCAGUUGGCUGACAGUUCCCUAGCAUUUUACAGUAUGUUACCCCUAUAAAAACAGCAUAUCUAUGGUAAAUAUGCUUGGUGUAUAAAUCAUGAAUCGAUCUGUAGAACUGACUAGAUCCAGCUCUAUACUACCGUUUUCAAAAACCCAUGUACACGCACACAUUCUUACAUCCAAUAAAAUAAAUUGCUACUUUGCACCUUUCUUAAUAUCUUC